UGCAACUACUGCCCAGCUUUCUAGUUUCUCCUAUCUCCCUCUUCAGGAAUAACACACUCAGUAAAACAACCGACAUGUCGAAGCUGAUUGCCAAAUCGCUUACUUCAACGCGAUCCAUAUCAACCUCCACUCAUCUCUCUCAGAGACUUAAUCAAACAGAAAAUGAAAUAGUUGAGAUGUUUCGGUUGCCUAAUGCGUCAGACAAAACGCACAGCUUUCCUCCAAUGGGUAGAGGUAUGCUGAGGAAGGACCCUUCAGUGAGGACAUUGGAUGACAGGUUCACAAAGAUUUUGAAAAUUUUCAAGUGGGGACCUGAUGCCGAAAAGGCAUUGGAAGUUCUCCAUCUGAGGGUGGAUCAUAGGUUGGUUCUCGCAGUUCUCAAGAUUGAUGUUGAGGCAGUUGUUAAGGUUAAGUUCUUCAGGUGGGCUGGCAAGAGGAGGAAUUUUCAGCACAAUUCGAUUACUUAUAUGGCGCUGAUCCAUUGCCUGGAUGAGGCCGGUAUGGUUGGGGAAAUGUGGAAGACUAUUCAGGAGAUGGUUCGUUGUGUGCGUGUUAUUGAUCCAGCUGAGUUGUCUGAGGUUAUAAGAAUCUUGGGAAGGGCUAAGAUGGUGAACAAGGCAGUAUCUGUCUUCUACCAAAUUAAAGGCCACAAGUGUAUGUUAACGACUCAUAGUUACAACUCUAUGAUCCUAAUGCUGAUGCAAGAAGGCCAUCAUGAAAAGGUCCAUGAGCUCUAUAAUGAGAUGUGUCAUGAGAAUAACUGUUCCCCGGACACAGUGACAUACAGUGCACUUAUAUCUGCAUUUGUGAAACUGGGUCGUGGUGAUUCUGCAAUCAGGUUGUUUGAUGAGAUGAAGGAUAACGGUUUACAUCCAACUGCAAGGAUUUAUACCAACAUUUUGGCAAUCUUUUUCAAGCUUGGCAAGGUUGAGAGCGCUUUAAGUCUAGUUCAGGAAAUGAAAGAGAGUGGGUGUCGGCCUACUGUUUUCACAUACACUGAAUUGAUUAAGGGGCUAGGGAAAGCUGGGAAGGUCGAAGAUGCAUAUGCCAUGUACAAAACCCUGCUGAAGGAGGGUUGCAAGCCUGAUGUUGUGCUCAUGAACAAUUUGAUAAACAUUUUGGGAAAGGAAGGUCGCAUAGAAACUGCUUUUAGUAUUUUCAAUGAGAUGGGUAUUCUGCGUUGCACACCAAAUGUGGUGACUUACAACACAAUAAUAAAAGCUUUAUUUGAUUCCAAAGCUCCAGCUUCGGUUGCAGCUUCCUGGUUUGAGAAGAUGAAAGAGAAUGGUGUUAACCCCAGCUCCUUUACCUAUUCAAUUAUGAUAGAUGGUUUGUGCAAAACAAAUAGAGUUGAGAAAGCUUUGUUGCUUCUUGAAGAGAUGGAUGAAAAGGGGUUUCCCCCUUGUCCAGCUGCGUAUGGCAGCUUGAUCAACAGUCUUGGAAAAGCAAAGCGUUGUGAAGCUGCAAAUGAGUUAUUUCAAGAAUUGAAAGAAAACUGUGGACGUGCAACUGCUAGAGUAUAUGCCGUGAUGAUUAAACAUUUUGGAAAAUGUGGGCGUCUUGCUGAAGCUCUGGAUCUGUUUCAGGAGAUGAAGGAACUUGGAUGCAAUCCAAACCUAUAUACGUAUAAUGCUCUCAUGUCAGGGAUGGUCAGGGCUGGUAUGAUAGAUGAAGCACUUUCGUUGCUUAUAAUCAUGGAAGAAAGGGGCUGUGUUGCAGACAUCCACUCACACAACAUUAUUUUAAAUGGCUUGGCUAGGACAGGUGGCCCAGCGAGGGCUUUAGAAAUGUUUUCAAAGAUGAAGCAUUCCAAGAUUCAACCAGAUGCAGUUUCUUAUAACACUAUUCUUGGUUGUCUCAGUCGAGCUGGUUUGCUUGAAGAGGCUGCAAAACUGAUGAAAGAGAUGACUUCAAAUGGUUUUCAAUAUGAUCUCAUCUCCUACUCAUCAAUACUUGAGGCAGUUGGCAAAGUCGAUGAAGUUCGUAUGACUCCCUAAAGGAAAAAUGGAAAGACGCUUUCUUGAAUCCCAGGGGCGUGGCAUCUCCUGAUUGACAAACCUGGUAACCUUUCUAUUAGAUCAAAACCAGAAAGCUGAGGGCCUGACAUUACACAAGUAAUUCCAAUCCAAGUACUACACUAUAUGAAUGAGGCUUGCUUUCUGGCUUGAUCGUUUCACUGCUUCAUGUUACAUCGUAGGCUAUGACUGAUAAAUAUAAACUGUAGUGUCCACAUAAACUAGCUUUCUAAUUUUCUAUAAUAUGAAAUGAUAUAAUAAAUUUUAUUUGCUCAUUGAUUGCCUGCUGGGAAUAUUGAUAAUUACAUUGGCUGACUCAGCAACUUAACACACAUACCUGCCCCAUUAUAAGUAUACAUUACUGAAUGAGGCACUUUCAUUCAAAAUGCCUUGGGACCUAUGUGGAUGCAGAGCCUCAUAUCCUUAGCCCAACUCUAGAGGCACUUGUCUGCUGCUGAUGCUAACGCCUGACAUUGCCAUCAUGCUAAAAGCCUAAAACAGUCUUUUUAUGUACUCUUAGUGUGGAGUAAGUUAUAAUAAACUUUUCAACUGAUUGGUGGCAUAAGAAGAUUGAGAAGUGAGUUAUGUUCAAGAUGUUGACAGAGUUCGUGAAGCGUUGCCUAAGGAGAACUAUGAGCAACUGAGUAUGUUGCCAGGGGGUUUUGCUUUGCAAUCUGCAAUCCGUAGUUGAACAUUAAAAGUCCAAGAGUUUCAGGUAGAAUUUCAUUUAUUCUUUUGUUAGAUCUUUAUUUUAUUUGGUUCAAUUCCUGUUGCAUAAGUAAUGAUGCUGUACGCACUACUGCAAUUAUUUUUGUUUCUUCCAAUUAUCUGAUGCUAUACCAUUUAAUAACCUGCCGGUGAAUGAGAGGUUCCAGUUCUCGAUUGUUUUUUCCUGCAAAGUUACCACUCUAGCUUUCAAGUCCCAUUCCACGAUUGUAGGCUCUCACAUUUACAGAUCUGGCAUGUUUUCAGUUAAUGUGAAGUAUUAUUGUGGUUAUUUAACAGCACCUAUGAAUAUCAGUACCUAUACAGUGAACAAACAUGUUGCAUACCAAAGCUUUUACUUGCAUGCUAUUAUUAGUCAUGUGGCCAGGUCACUGGCUGCAUUUAGUGACAUCUCAUUAAUUGUAAAUGUGCAGAUGGGAAAGCGAGUGAAAGAAGUGAAAGUUAAAGCUCGCUAGAAGCUGCAGAACCAGUUGACUUCCAAUAUGAAGAGCUCGAGUGUUCCAAAGUGUUGUGGAGUAGUGUAGGUGGGAGCUAAAGCCAGUUCACUGUGGUGAACAAUGACAACAUCAUUGAUUUGCAGAGGCAGCAUCAGUAGAUGGAAAAAGAGUCGACCAACAGGUUCAAAUGUGCAUCACAAAAAACUCAGAAUAUCGUCAACAUUAGUUUUGAUUCUAAUGUUGGCAAUGUGCUGCAAAAGGAUUACUACCACACUCGCAAACUUAUAUUUUCCGAUGAUUCAUCUACGUUAGAUGGCAAGUAUGAGGAAUGUCUUUUGACUCUUCUUUGGUUCAUGCAUAGGAUAAUAAGAUGGAGGUAUAAUAUUUUCUCCUGUUGUGCCAACAACAUUUAUGACUGUAAUUCAGAUUUUUAUCGAGCAUUUCAAGGAAUAUAUUACUAUAUUAGCCAAUAAAAAUAUUUUUUUAGAGUU